GAGUUCACAUUGCAUUUUGAGCCCGCGAUCAAGCAGCGGAUUCCUUUUCGUCGCCAUUUUGGAUUCGAGGAGAAAACCGUCAAGAAAACAGUUUGGCCAAACAAUCCAAGAUGUAACCGUAUUCGAUCGCAUGAUUUACAUUAUUUCAACGAAAUGGGUCAAGGAAGCUCUAAGGAACGCUACAAAAGUGCUGUGAAGAAACUUAGUAGCAUAGAAUUGGCAAAUAUUGAAGCAGUGUUCAACGAGGUUUCCACGAAGAGAGAGGAUGGUUCGAGGCAUGUUGAACUGUCUCUGAUCAAUCGACAAGAUUUUGCUGAACGAUUCCGGCUUCCAGGCUUUAUUGCUGAACGCCUGUUUCUUGCUUUCGACAGAAAUGAGAGUGGUACUAUUGACCUGGAAGAGUUUAUUGGUGGAAUAGCUUUGUGCUUGCAUGGAACAGUUAAAGAUAAAUGCAGACUAUUAUUCCAUAUCUUCAAUUUGGCAGAAGACAAUGGUGUUAGUAGAGAUGAAUUGACUGCUGUUCUUUUAAGUUCUCUUGAGUCAGCACAUACCAUACUGGACAAUGUAGAGGAUGCUGAGCAACCUGAGGAGGGAAGUGGCACAGACAAGCUGAUUGAAACGGUCACAAGGAUUGUUAAUGAUGCAUUUGAGACCGGUAAGGUCUCAAAAACUGGGAAGCUUUCUGCCAAGGAGUUUGAAACAUGGCUUUAUCGAAACCCACAAAUUAUGGAUAAUGUUUUUGGCUGGCAGUGUCCUAGCCCUGAAGAGGGUCAGUGGAUGAAUGACAGCUCACCAGAACCAAGCCCCACUAAGCCAAAGUACACCAGUCAACCUGAUGAAUCUGCUCAGAGUGUGGAAAUUCAAGGUGUACCUGUUGAACAAAAUGAUAAUCGCACCCUUAGUGACUUGUUUUCUACAACAUCCAGUACAAGUCAUGAUGUAGAAGGACACAGUUUCUUUGAUUCCCUUGUUGCACCAGGUGCAACUGACCCAUUUUCUCAAGUAUCUCAACAAACCUUCUCAACAGCAAAGGAGAGUUCAGAGCCAACACAUCAACUUCCAGAGGCACAAUCAUUGCAUGAGCCUUCAGAGCAACCUUUAGAACCUCUGAUGCUGAAUAACCAGGAAGAAUUGCAAGAUGAAUCAGAGCAAUGGCCAGGAUUCCAAGGAGCUGAAUAUUCCAUGCCACCGCUUGCCCCAAUUCCAAAGCAAACUUCCCAAGGUUUUAAUGAUCCAUUAAAUGUUACUCAGAGCCAAGAGUCCUCCAGUACCAAACCAAGUAUAUCCCAGGAACCGAGGCAGACAUCUGCACCUCCAACUCCUGAUGGAGAGUGGGUGAGAAGCAAGCAAACUGAAGCUGAGAGGAGGAACUCAGCAUGGAUAGCGACUCCGCAAACUAAUCAGUUUCUUGUUACCAUCGGAUCAGGGAUGUUGAAUCCAUCUGAUGUUGACCAGCAGUUCUUAACAUCCCCUGGACUGGUUAUUGAGGGACCUCAGGUAGACCCGGUGAAGGAGCUCAUAUUAAAGUUUAUGGGUGAACAGGAGGCUGAAAAUAGAAAAACAUUGAGUGUUGAUAGUGUCCCAUUGGAUGAGUCAGGGCUCAGAGAAUUGCUGGCGUCACAGUGUUGGAGAGCUGCUCUGGAAUUUACCACAAGAUUCCUAACAGCACAUGGCCAGGGUGUGGGUCAGAAGGGUCAGCGAGCUUUACACACUCACAAGACAUUACAGGUUUGGUUUUGCCGUAUAGCUCUCCUCUUCAAGCUGCAGAUGUUUAGCACUGCCGAGGUUGAAUUGGAAGCAUUUGGAAGUUUUAAUCAACCUGACUUGUUUUACGAGUUUUACCCUGAUACAUAUCCAGGCAGGAAAGGAUCUAUGGUACCAUUUUCCUUGAGGAUACUGCAGGCAGAACUGCCCCAAUACAUGGGCAGACCUAAAGAUGCAUUGGACAACUUGUAUGAGCUCCAGAGAACUUGCUGUAAGGUGUUGAAAAACCUGCAAGACAAUCUGACUGAGGAUGGAGGGCAGGGGGAGAUGACACCUGAGGGUAGAUUAGCUGCGUUAGAGUUGUGGAUUUCCAGAGAGGUGCGAGUUCUUUACUCAAUAGGAAACUGUUUUCUUGGAAUGAAGGAUUACAGUUUGGCUGUGACGGUUUUUGAAUCAAUCAUAGCUAAAGAUCCUUCUUGUACCUUCAGCUUGCUAUCUGGAAUUGGAAGAAUCUAUUUACAGCUUGGAGAUUUGGAAACGGCACAAAGUUAUUUCAAGCAGGUGGAAUCUAAGGCCACUGGUGAUCCAAAGUCACUAAGCAGCGUGGUCAUGAACAAGGGGUUGUUGGCUCUAUCUGCAGGGUCAUUUGACGAAGCUCACAGGCAUUUUGUAGCUGCUACUAAGCUGGAUCCUUAUAAUUCUGUGGCUGUAAAUAAUGUUGCUGUUUGUUUACUGUUCCUCGGGAAACUGAAAGAGGCCCUUGCUAUGCUGGAGAGGAUUAUCUGGAAAGAUCCUAAAACAAAUCUUCAAGAAGGACUUCUAUUUAACUUGUGCACGAUUUACGAACUAGAAUCUUCUUACAGUUCACAGAAGAAGCAAAAACUUCUCGAACUGGUCGCCAAACAUCGAGGAGACGGGUUUAACAUCUCGUGCCUCAAGAUAGCGUGACACUUCACACAAAGACCAGCUCUGACCCUAUCUUUAUCUUUAUCUAAACUCGAAUAACCCGGUUAACCAAUCACAAUUCGAUACAAAAACAUGCAACCGAAUCCAUGCGCAAUUUCCUUCCCAGUGGCAGUGAUCCUUUUGGUUAAUCGCUGACCGAAAACGCGCGGGGUCUGGGGACGAGAUUGUACCAUGUGAAAAAAGGAGCACGGGCCAAGUCAUGAAUAGACUUGAUUUGACGCCUGACUGGUUGAAAAAAGGAGCGUGUUUGGGAAGAUUUGGACAGCAUGAUGAAUAACACUUUUUUAAACCAGUCGGAGCGCUCGAGAAAGCAUGCCUAAAGACAAGGUUAUGUACACACCAUAACUUACGCGAAGUUCCAUCGCUCAAAAUCUCACGAUGUUGCCUCGAUAUUACCAACCUCGUUCCCAGGGUCUCUCUUGUUCCCGCCCCUGGAACGAGGCUGCGAUAUUACCAGAAAACUCGGCAUAUCGGUUGUAACGUGUCUGUAACCGGUUGAAAUAGAAUUAAAUCAAGAUAGAUAAAUACAGAUUCUAAUGAUGCGCAGCCUGCAACCGUAUUGAUAAUAAAAGUAUCAAGAUAAAAGUGUUA